GCAAGGAGUCUCAUAAAAUCAAUUGGGGACCAAAUUUUAAACGCAAAGAGAACAAAAAAAAAAAAAAAAAUUCCUUCUACAACUUAACUGUAAGAAAAGUCAUGGAAUUAGUUGAAAGUGAUACAACAGGCCUCACUGAAGAAGAGAAAAUAUUUUCCGAAAAUUUGCGAAAUGAAGAUGAGGCAAUAUUGGAACAAAUUGCUAUUGAUCUUCUACACAACGAUGCAGUCGAUCAAGUAAUCGAGCUUUCAGCGAUACCUUGUAUGGGGACAAUGGUCUUCAAGUGCUUAAAUGAACAAAAUAUCAACGGCAUUUGCGAGAUGUUUCGCUAUAUGUGGAAGAUAUUACAUCGUUCUUUAUUGGAGAAUAUGCUCGGGGAAGAAAUUAAGAAUUCAGUGGAAUAUCUACUUGAAACGCUGCAAUGGACAGUACUACCGGAAGCAGGACUAAAAAUUAUUUUGCAAUCUGAGGAAGCUUUACCACCAUUUAUUUUGCCAGAAGUUCUUGGACCCAUCAGCAAGAGAUGCGAAAAACCAACCUCAACAUUAUACGAUACGAAAAAGGGAAUUUGUGCUCGCUGUUGGAAUAACUGUUCUUUGUUGAAUCCAGCUUUGUUGAAUUGUUGAAUCCAGCUUCUCAAAUAAUGCCCGGUUAUUUGUACUUCGCUAAAGAAGAGAAGAGACAAAGUUUAACCCUGGUCUUCACUUGUACACGACAUUCCGGGUCUGAUAUGUUAACAAACGAAGAAGAAACUUUUAAAAAUCUGGAAAUGUCAUUCAGAGAAUC